AUACUUAUUUUAUGACGUCUCGGUGAAAUAACUGAGCACCAAACGCUCUCGGUGAGCAGGAGAGGGGAGGAGUUUAGCGGCUCUGACGGAGCGCUUCUCUCUCCUGCAGUCAGUCCUUCUCUUCCACCUGCUUCAUCUCGACAUCGGUCUUGGCUGUGACUCAUCACUACAGUCAUGGCACCCAAAAAGAACAAGGCCGCCAAGAAGAACAAAGCUGACAUCAAUGAGAUGACAAUUAUGGUAGAGGACAGUACCACCAACAAAAUCAAUGGUCUCAACACUCUCCUGGAAGGUGGAAAUGGCUUUAGUUGUAUCUCAACGGACGUCACUGACCCCGUCUAUGCACCAAACCUCUUGGAAGGUCUUGGCCGCAUGAGGCAAGAAAGCUUCCUCUGUGAUCUUAUUGUAGCAACCAAGUCCAAAUCCUUUGACGUGCACAAAGUCGUGAUGGUUUCCUGCAGUGAGUAUAUCCAAAACAUGCUCAGGAAGGAUCCAGCCCUCAAGAAGAUUGAGCUCAGUGAGUUGUCCCCAGUCGGUCUGGCUACAGUCAUCACUUACGCCUAUUCUGGAAAACUGACCCUGUCUUUGUACACCAUUGGUAGCACGAUAUCAGCAGCCAUGCUACUGCAGAUCCAUUCUCUGGUGAAGAUGUGCAGUGAGUUCUUGAUGCGGGAGAUCAGUGUGGAGAACUGCAUGUAUGUUGUCAACAUCGCCGACACGUACAGUCUGAAAGAGACGAAAGAGGCUGCUCAGAAGUUCAUGCGGGAGAACUUCAUCGAGUUCUCGGAAAUGGAACAGUUCCUAAAGCUCACCUAUGAGCAGAUCAGCGAAUUCCUCAUGGACGACUCGCUCCGGUUGCCCUCUGAGCUCACAGCUUUCCAGAUCGCAAUGAAGUGGUUAGACUUCGAUGAGAAGAGGCUGAAGUAUGCUCCUGAUCUGCUGUCCAGCAUCCGCUUUGGAACCAUCUCGCCCCAGGACCUUGUUAGUCAUGUGCAGAUCGUUCCCAGGAUGAUGCAAGAUGCUGAGUGCCACCGUCUGUUGGUCGAUGCCAUGAACUACCACCUGCUGCCAUUCCAGCAGAACAUCCUGCAAUCCAGAAGAACCAAGGUCCGUGGAGGCCAACGAGUGCUGCUCACGGUGGGAGGCCGGCCUGCCCUCACCGAAAAAUCUCUCAGCAAGGACAUUCUCUACAGAGAUGAUGACAGUGUCUGGAACAAGCUGACUGAGAUGCCCGCGAAGAGCUUCAAUCAGUGUGUGGCUGUUUUGGACGGCUUCCUUUACGUGGCUGGUGGUGAAGACCAGAAUGAUGCUAGGAACCAAGCAAAACAUGCCGUCAGCAAUUUCAUCAGAUAUGACCCCCGAUUCAACACGUGGAUCCACCUGGCAAACAUGAUUCAAAAGCGCACUCAUUUCAGCCUCAACACCUUCAAUGGUCUCCUGUUCGCUGUAGGGGGGCGUAAUUCUGACGGCUGCCAGGCAUCUGUCGAGUGCUACGUCCCAUCCUCUAACCAAUGGCAAAUGAAAGCGGCAAUGGAAGUCCCUAGAUGUUGUCACGCUAGCACAGUUAUUGAUGGCAAGAUCUUGAUUAGUGGUGGUUAUAUUAACAACGCCUACUCUCGUGCUGUAUGUUCUUACGACCCAUCCACCGAUAGCUGGCAGGACAAGAACAGCCUGAGCACCCCGAGAGGAUGGCACUGUUCGGUGAGCGUUGGAGAUCGUGCCUACGUUCUUGGUGGCAGCCAACUGGGCGGACGUGGAGAGAGGGUCGACGUCUUGCCAGUUGAAUGUUACAACCCUCACUCCGGCCAGUGGAGCUACGUCGCCCCCUUGCACACAGGAGUGAGCACAGCUGGUGCUGUCAGCUUAAAUAACAAGAUUUACCUCCUGGGUGGCUGGAAUGAGAUUGAGAAGAAGUAUAAAAAAUGCAUUCAGGUGUAUAACCCCGAUAUCAACGAAUGGACUGAGGAUGACGAAUUGCCAGAGGCAACGGUUGGUAUCUCAUGUUGUGUUGUCACCAUCCCCACGCGCAAAACACGAGAGUCGAGGGCCAGCUCUGUAUCGUCAGCACCAGUUAGUAUAUAAGCAGCGUGGGAGUAGUGGGGAGUUUUGGGGAGUUGCUAAAUGUAAUAAAAGUUUUAUCUUACUGUUUGUUCAAAGCCAAUUUUACUCACAGAUGCCAAGGUUAAUUGUCAGUUUGUGGCAAGCUUGGAAAUGUUAGAUGUCAAGUCCCAGCAUAUGCAUACAAAUGAGCAAUUAUUUAUGGAAGUCACUAUGUUUAAAAUUGAAGCGACUGGAAAACAACUAAAGAUGGAUGCAUUUUGAAGACGGUUCGUAGGUUUUGUGGGAACAGGAAAAUUCAGAGAGAUUUGUCUUGGAGGUAGAUUCAUUGCUUAUAAGACUUAUGGGAAAUAGGAAACGCAUACAAACAAAAUAUUUGUAAAAUCAAAAGUUAUAAUUUUUUUAUUGGGAAAUUAUUUUCCAAGUGGGGCCAAUUCUCUGUUUAUGAUUUGAUUAGUCCCUUAAUGUGCGAAAUGAGGUAAUUGCAAAACUGCAAACUGCCCAGAUAUAUUAGACACCUUUGAUCAACAAACAAUUAAAUAACUUUUUAAAAAUGCUGGCAGAUACUUAUUACUGCAUUAUUUUCCAGCAAAGCCAUUCUUUUUGCCCUCUACACAUGUGAGCAUGUAGAACAUAUUUAUUUAGGAUCGUACACAAUGGAUUGUAUAGAUUGCUUGAGAAAGCCAUGUCUUAACAUUUCACCUACAACCUAUGAGGAGUAGGUGUGCACACAACCAGGCAGUUUAUUUGAUCAUGUAAUACACAGACAAAGUGCCGCUGGCUCUUGGGAAAUCAAGCAGGUGAAGUAUAAGCAGGGUUCCUGGCAGGAGGGAUUCAUUAGGACACAGAGAGGACACAUAUCCUCAGGCCCAGGGCCGGUCCGUUGCAUAGGUAACAUAGGCAAAGGUGCAAAAAUGGGCGCAAAAUGACUGGGGAGCCGCAGGAAACUUUUGUUUUUUGUUAGAAAUUUUUGUUAGUAUGUUUUGUUUUGUUUUGUUGGAGGUGUGCCCUCUUGCGACCAUCUUGCGCUACACCCAUAGAUUAAGCAAAAUAAUUUCUUACAAUUAACAUAAUUUUAGUAACGGCAGAUCAUCAAACUGAUAAUUUUAGAAUAAAAUAAAAUUGAUACGUUUUGAUAACAUGUCAUGUUGGACUAAUUUAAACACUUUCUGCAUCCUGACGUAAUUAUAAUACAUCAUCAUAAUAUAUUAAUUAUGCAUGGCACACCCAGUUAAAAUAGUUUUGCCAUUAAUGUGGUCUUUAAGUAUCAUUUCUAAAAAAAAAAAAUGAGUGAAAAAAAGAAAAUUAUCAGGGGCACAAGGCAGGAAGCAACGCAAAGAAGAGGAGCAGAAACAAUAUCAAUAUAGACAUACAAAUCUGUGUAUUAGCCCGAGAUGUAUAGUUUUAAACUGGCAACACUGACACCGUGCACGUUUUUGUUUGAGUUAACUUCUUAUUUAAUUAUUUUCUUUGAAAUAAAUUCAAGCUUCUGUAAUGUUACAUAACUUCUUGCUUUUAAUUCACCAAAAAGUGUCUAAAUGUCUUUUGAAAAAGAUCAUGGCUAGGACUAUAUCUAGCAUUCAUAAUAUGAAAUAAUUAAGUUUAAGUAUGUCAUUUCCCACUGUAUGUAUGCACACAAAUGAAAUGAAAGGUAGCUAGCUGGCUAACAUGUACAACUAAAAUACAAAAUGUAGCCUAUUUUUGGUUGCCUUUGUUGUCUCUUAGACUAUUUUAGGCAUUUCAUAUUGCUUCUAUUUCUCUUUGUUGUAAGAAGUACUUGUCACUGUAGGCAUCGUUGUGGGAGGAGCUCGUGGUCUCUUCAACAGGCUAUUGGAACAGAUUCACUCACUAUUUAAGUUAUGUUAUAUUAUAGUAAAGUUUAGAAAAAUCUGCUUUUUCAGAUUUUUUUAGUGGGGGGUGGAAAUCUACAAUCUGGCCUGUUCAGUCCUGUAGCAUUUCAGUCAUGACCCUGUUUGAAAAAUACAGAAACAGACACUGUGAUGACACGAAGAACACUGAAUAGGACUUUAAAGUAUAUACAGUGGUGGAAAUGUUUUGUUAUCUGAGAGAAUAAAUAAUUGUGAAAAAAAGUUUUGCCUGAACCGUCAAGAGGAUAAGUAAAAAAAAUCCACUUUGUUUUUUUGAUGGUUCAUGAUUUGUAAUAUUCUGGUUAAAAAACAAUGUAUGUAGGGGGGGGGGGGAUUUGACAACUGGAAACAUUUAUUACUUUAAUAAAGUAUUGCUUAUUUAAGGUACAUCAAUUGAUAGUAUCCACAAUAUACAUACUGUAAUACAUGUUGUCAAAUAAAGCUCUGCAUUCUUAUUAAAGCUUCUUAAGAA